CUCUAACCUCGACCCAUUUCUCUGCAUUGCAGGUUUAGCUUCUCGACACUUUUUAAGACAAAUCAAGAAGAUACUGUCAGCCCACUUGGACGGUUGGUAAUGGUUGUAUGGCUUUUCCUAUUAAUGGUGAUAACCUCGAGCUAUACAGCCAGCUUGACUUCGAUUCUCACAGUUCAACAACUAUCUUCACCCAUCACUGGAAUAGACAGCUUGAUUGCAAAUGAUUGGCCCAUUGGAUAUCAAGUGGGAUCAUUUGCUUAUGGCUAUCUGUCAGACUCUCUUUACAUUAAACGCUCAAGACUGGUUGCUCUUGGCUCCCCAGAAGAGUAUGAAAGAGCUCUUCGACAAGGUCCAAAUAAUGGUGGGGUGGCUGCUAUUAUUGAUGAGCUUACAUACGUGGAGUUGUUUUUAUCGAAAAGAACUGAUUUUGGAAUUAUUGGACAACCAUUUACAAGGAGUGGAUGGGGAUUCGCUUUCCAAAAAGGCUCUCCACUUGCUGUUGACAUGUCUACAGCAAUACUGAAACUCUCGGAGAGUGGAAAGCUUCAAGAAAUCCACAAGAAAUGGUUCUGUAAGAUGGGUUGCCCUGGAGAUAGGAGGAGGAACUCAGAGCCUAACCAACUGCACAUGAGCAGCUUUUGGGGGCUAUACCUGUGGUGUGGUGCCUUUACUCUCCUUGCAUUUUUAGUGUUUUUACUGAGAGCGGUUCGCCAAUAUGUCCGAUACAAGAAAAGGCAGAUGGAAGUUUCUUCUUCAUCUUCAAACACGACAAGUAUGCACUGUUCUCAGGUCAUAUAUAACUUUUUUGAUUUCAUUGAUGAGAAGGAGGAAGCAAUCAAGAAAAUGUUUAAACAGUGUGAUAAUAUUCAACCUCAAGCGGGUUCUGCACCAAGAAAUGAUUGAUAUAUGUAGGAAAGAGAAGGAAUUAUUAGUGUUAGUGUCUUGAUCGAUGUAUUUGUGUUGGAAGAGUGUAGUAAGGGAAUAUCUAUGAAUUAUAUAUAUGUAAAUAUACAUAUAGCCUGAAUGAAAGUGUAUAGAUUAUAUAGUUUAUGCUGGCAA